CCGCAGAAUUGUUCAAAAAGAUCUCGAUUGCGUACGCAGUGCUAUCAGACCCGAAUAAGAGACGGCAAUAUGAUCUGAGUGGGCCAUCGGGGGCAAUCGUUGAUUUUGAGGGUUUCGAUCUCAGCGAAAUGGGCGGUGUUGUCACAACACAUCCCCGUCAAACAUCAUCACCAAAUUCAGGUCGAGUAUUCGGUGCGCUCUUUUCAAAACUGGGUGUACCGAUUCCCACGCAAAUAACACCAAAAGUGUUGGCACAAGCCAGAAGUUUAUGUGAAGGAACACCGUGUGAUGCGAAAUAUUCGGUGCUCGAAGAGGGCGUACAAGUCGAUGGUUCUAUUGGCAAG